CGAAUAUAAUUUUGUAGUUUUAACCAUACCCAAAAUUUAACCAUAUUAAAGUUGCGCCCAUCUGUUCUUAUUUUUCCGACAGCCCCUGAAGGCAGCAUAUUCUGUACGGAGACAGCGAGCAGCGGCGGCUCCCGGCGGAGCAGCGCUGCGAUUGGACAGAGCUGUGAGGAGGGGGAGGGCCCUUACUUCCUCUCCUCCGCUGCUUCCCCUCUCCUCUCCUCUCCUCUCCUCCCAUCCUAGAGGACAGAGCGAUGCGGAGACAAUAGGACGCAGAGCCGGAGGAGGCUGCAGGAUGCUCGGCGCCGACACAACCGCAGACACACGGCUGCUGCUGCUCGGAGGCUUCUCACAGGACACCGACACCAGGCGUUUCUCCCGGCUCACCUGGCCUUAGUAUGCGCUCAGAUCAUCCCGUGUGUUUACCAGCAGCCUGCGCGGACAGGGCGGACUCCGCUGCCUCCAUAUGGGAACUAACUGAAGGUGACACCAGCUGUUAGCUGCUGCUGCUCUUUUUCCGCCUGAGCAUCCUGUUCCCUAGUUUUUUGUUGGUUUUUUUUUGUCCUGGUCCGUCCCCUGAAACAGUCCCCAGCAUGAGUUCCUCUCCGCUGGUGUCCCGAGCCAACAUGGACGUCCUGGAUGAGCUACAGCUGAUCGCAGCCCAGAACCUGGAAAGGCUGGAGGUCAACAAGUACUAUGAGGUGAUCAGGGAGCUGGGCAAAGGCACCUAUGGCAAGGUGGACCUGGUCAUCCACAAGAUCAGAGGCACAAAAAUGGCUCUGAAGUUCCUGAAGAAGAAGACAACCAAGCUGAAGUCGUUCUUGCGGGAGUACAGCAUCUCCCUCUACCUGUCCCCCUGCCCCUUCAUCAUCAACAUGUUUGGCAUUGCCUUUGAAACGGACGAAUACUAUGUUUUCGCACAGGAGUACGCUCUGGCAGGAGACCUCUUCGAUAUCAUUCCUCCACAGGUUGGUCUUCCUGAGGCGGUGGCAAAACGCUGUGUGCACCAAGUAGCCAUUGCACUGGACUACCUGCACUGUAAGAAGCUGGUCCACAGGGACAUCAAGCCUGAAAACAUCCUCAUUUUUGACAGAGAGUGUCGCAAGGUCAAGCUGUCUGACUUCGGCAUGACCCGCCGGGCUGGCUCACCUGUGAAAAGAGUGAGCGGCACCAUCCCCUACACGGCUCCAGAACUCUGCGAUGUGUCCCGCCACGAGGGUUUCUGCGUGGACUACAGCACUGACGUCUGGGCCUUCGGCGUGCUGCUUUUCUGCAUGCUGACUGGCAACUUCCCCUGGGAGAAGGCGCUGCCCUCCGACUCCUUUUACCAGGAGUUCAUCCGCUGGCAGAGGAGGAGGACGAACACGGUGCCAUCGCAGUGGAGGCGCUUCACCGAGCAGGCCCUCCGCAUGUUCCGCCGGCUGCUCUCCGUGGAGCAGGACCGCCGCUGCUCCGUCAAAGAGGUGUUCGGGUACUUCAGUCACUCCUGGAUGCUGGAUGCCGAGAACAACAACAACAACGGCAAUGGCAACACAGGAGGUGGAGGUGGUGGAGAGAGAGUUGGCGGUGGAGGAGGAGGAGGUGGAGGAGGUGGAGGAGGUGUGCGAGGGGAGGUGGAUGGCACCAUCUCGUCGUCGUCCUCUGGUGAGGAGGAUGAAGAGCUCCUGGUGGAGAGGAUGAAGCAGCAGACUUUAUCUCCUCUCUCCCCGCUGUCGCCCCUCUCUCCCAUGUCUCCGGUGGCGGUGGAGAGGGGCAGCGGCGGUGGAGGGGCCAAAGGCGGGAUGAUGGAACCGGGCGGCGGCCACCAUUUCGUGUCCGUCUCCACCAACAGCUCCGUGUCGUCCACCAACAGUUACGAUCGAAUGCCGCGAGAAAACAGUUCACCGGGCGGCCGCAUGCUGGUGGCUACGCCCAUAGAGAUCUGCGUCUGAGCGUGUGCGAACGUUAACGUCACAGACUCAUCAGUACACACUUUUAUACCUCUCAUCCAACCACAUAGAUGUGCAUGCAUGGAAAAAGAAACAGACAAUGAUUACUAACACGUAUCCUGUUUUAAACAUCUUGGGAACGGAAGAGCACACACAUGGAAGACUUCACGGAAAGUAUCUACAUUCCUCAUGAGGUCGGGUUUUUGGUCAAAUUUCCAAAACACAAGCCCCAUUUCCACUUUGAAUUCAAUCAUGGGUGCAAAUGCAGUUUUGUGAAAAACCCAGAGGAAGAAAGAAAAAUUGCUUCCAUUAGAGAUUCUGUCACUAAAACCACGAGAAGAAGACCAAAAUGUAUUUCUUAAAGCAAUACUUUGAGCAAAAAAAGCAAAUAGAGACAAAAAGUGGCAGAAUGCUGUGUGAUCUCUUCAAGACAUCAUUUUUGACGAAGCCAAGAGACAAAGGAUUUGUAUUUUUGAAGACUAAAUCAGAGUUCAAGGAAAUACCUUGUAAGAUUUAAAAAAAAAAAAAAAGAAAAAAAAGAGUGAUUGGUUUUAAAUGUUUCACCUGUAACGAAAAUGUGAAAAGUGUGAGUGUGUGUGUGUAAUACUGUGUUCUGUAUGUAUGAAUCCAAAAGUGGAUUUAUUUUGCUUUGAGAAUUUUAUUAUUUAUUUGAAUCUAAAAAGACUACACACUCUAUUUUUUCUAUUGUUUUUUGUGUAAAGUAGCUUUCUUUGUUUUCCAUUCGAAUUCACAUUGUAAUUUGGUAUCUUUGGUUGACUGCUGUACACAUUGGUAUCAGUAGAUGUACACUGAGUUUUGACCAGUGGUUUUCAGACUGAAUAUUUUCCCUCCGCUGGCCGUAAACCAAUAUGUCCAUGAGUGUUAAACUGGACUGAAAGAGGGUUUAUGAUGUCUCUGUUCUUCACGACAAACAUAUCUACUUCACUGCUGCAAGACUAUUUUGUACUCACUCAAAAUUCUGUUUGUAUAGCUUCUGUUUUCUUUGAAACAUUUUCCAAAAAAUUCAGUUUAUAUUGCUGACGUUUUUAAUUAUUCUGUUUGUAUCGCUUCUGGUUUAUUUGAAACAUUUAGCGCCAAGUCAUCUGCAAAGAAAAGAAUAACUAUCACCCAGCGUUUUCAAUUCAAUCUGAAAAAAGAAAAAUCGCAAAAGAUGUGAAAGAGUCGUCUUUUAUAAAUGCAUGACAAGUAGCUCAAACUUACCUUUACAACAAAUUUGAACUGGCUUUACAAAAAAAAAAAAAAAAACCAAGCAAACAAAAAAAAAGAUAAAAAGAAUCGUAAAAUGUUGUGAUGUGGAAUUUUUGCCGUAGCACAAUUUCUUGCAUCAUGUCUGAGAGUGAAUAUAGUGAAUAACGUUAUGAUCUCUUGAGACAUCCUAGGGCUAAAAAAUCUGAACAAUAAUUAGUUUCUAUUCACUGUGUUGUAUUUGUAUUGCUAUUAAUGUCGUGUUCUCAUCUUACCACCUUCAGGAACAGAAAAAAAAGCAAAGCAUGAAGACAUAGAGCGAGAGGCUUGAAUUAAAAAUCAUAGGUAGGGAACUAAAUGAUGUAUUUUUAGAAGAGAUUUUUGCUUCUAAAUUGCCACCUUUAGUGAGGAAGUGGAUUUUUUCCUUUUUUUAAAAAACAAUUUAAGAUUAACAGCAAAAAAAGAGAGAAUCCAGAGAAUCCAUUCCUUUCUUUGACUCAUUAUGAAUAAUACCUAAAUAAUUUUAAGAAAAAAAACAUGGGGUCAUGUAUAGGAAUGGAUGUUUUUGUGUGUUGUUUUCCAAACAUAAAUUUGCAUGAAUUUGUAUGUGCUAAACGCUGUUGUGAAAACCUGCUCAGUGUUUCUCCUGUCACAAGCUGUAGUACUCUGUAGAAGUAGUAUAGCUGCCAACAACAUGUUUCUUUAUCUUGUGAGAGUCAGUAGUGUCAGUCAGGAUCCGUCUGACUGAGGAUCAGCUAAACCUGGUUUAGCUCUUUACAUAAACCGUUUGGAUCAUGUUCUUCAAAGCUGCUCCCGGAUCAGCCAGCGAGUAUGCAAAUUACUACAUCUUGUGACAAUCUCUGACCUCAUCAGCAGCCUUCUGACUCAGAACAAUGGACAGUCCUGAUACAGACACUGUAGUCAUGCUGUUUUCUUUCCAUCAGCCAGCUGUGUGCGGCGCUGGCUCCGCAGCGUUUACUGUGUGAGCUCCAGCACAUUAGAUUCAGCUGGGGAGGCCUUUCACAUUGACCGUGUGAAGAAGAGAUAACACAGGCCUGUACGUUACCUCAUCAUGUCAUGCUUUCUCUGCAUUAACUAUUCACCCCAAAGCUUCCCUUUUUCUUCUCUUCAGCACCUCGGAGAUGUGCCAUUUAGUCUCAAGUCAAGUGAGAAAUUUUGCAAAUCUGGCAGUAAUUUGCUUUGACUAACUGGUAAAUGUGUUUCUUUGCUGUGCCUCCGCUGCCUUAUGGUGUGUUCCAGUUGUACUUGGAAGUCAGAAUUGAACUGGACCGGAAGUCAGAUUUCCAACUCAGAAAGUUUGAGUAACACCACCAACUCAAACACAGGAAUUCAAGAUGGCUGCCACUCCCAUCAGCAUCACGCGAAUUGUACUGUUUAUAGCAGUUUGUUUCACAUUAAUUCAGUCAUACACAUAGUACUGUUCAGUUUGUACGUGCAAAAUACUGCGUAGUGUUGUUAUCAACUGGUAUAGCUAACAAUGGCUAGCUGCAACAGUCUGAGAACGCAGUCAACUCCCAUUUCCGACUUCCGGUGUAAAUGGAACGCACCACCAGCGUGCAUCAAGCUAACAUGUGACUUCACAUCUGUACUGGUAAUGCUAAAGUAGGCAACUGGAUUUUGAAAAGGCAGGUGACAGCUGUUUUUCCAUCUAAGAUGCAAAAUCCAAAAUACUCCCACACAUUACUUCUCAUAUGAUUUGACCCAUCAGAGUGACAGCGUAUUUCACCAACACUCACUACUGCAGUACAGCCAUGUUCAAAACAUAGUUUGAACUUCAAAUAAAAGGUGAAAUCCUGAGAAUUGAGACUAAGGCCACAUUUGCACACAAUGUCAUGUUUCCUGCCAGUGGCGAGGUUAGUUUUCAUUUAAACAAACAUGACGCUAUCUUGAUGCACUGCUACAUUUCUAGGUGUUUUAGUGUCAGCUGUCAGAGGAAAAGCUUAAUACCAACUUCAGGAUGUGGUUACAUACACUGCUCCAUAGUGUAACUAAUGGACAAAAACUCUACUGUGUCUCAGAGUUUAAGUAGAGGAUGAAGAUUUUUGCACGUACACUAUAUCAGCAUGGUGUAUUUUAGUGUGCUCUGAAAAUCCCACUUUUAUACUUCAAGUUCUUGGCUCAUUUAUUUGAUAUAGGAGGAUUUGUCAUUAUUUCAGCCCACAAUGCUAAUAUUGGCUCUUUCACAAAAACAAACAUUUUGGUCAUAAGUAAACAUCCUCCUACAUCCACUGAAGUAUCUAUAACAUAUCAAAUAUUGCUUCCAAUGGUGUAAGCUCCUUCAGCAAGGCUGGAAACGUUUUACUAAAAGCAAGAAAGUGAUGCUUGAAACUAACUGAAACUUAUUUUCAAUAUAAUCUUGGAAUAAUUAGACUUUUAAUGCAACAGUUACACAAUUUUUAGAGCUUAAAUGAUUAGAAUGGGUGGUAUAGUGGCAUGUGUUAGGAUGAAACACGAAUACCCCUGUUAGGAUCAUGAGAACACCUGAGCUGGGAGGAAAGGUUGAGUCACACCAAUCUAGAAAUUAAGGGAUACGUAUUUUUCCUGCGAGCCGCCUCCUCCCCCUUCAAACCGAGUCAGUCACUGCUGCCUCCUCAACUCAUCCAUAACGUAACGUGUUGUAAUGGAGUUUGAGUGUCUUUCUGUCCGGUGACAUAUUUCAAAGCAUCAUACUUUUCGUGGAGUUUUAGUGAGUAGAUGACCACAGCACUAGAACUCGUAUCCGGUUCUGUCUUUGCAAUACAACUGUCUUCCUGUAAGCUGAGAUUUAGUCAAUAAAAUGAAAAUUCUUGUUGGA